UUUUGACAACUGUCAAUCCAGCUGUCUUUCAAAAUCGUCAAUUCUUGACGAAAAGUUUGGAUUUUAUAAAAAUCUGAAUUCAUCGGCUUCAAUUUGCCGAUUUUUAAUAUAAUCUCGCCAAGAAAUCCACUAAGAUGCCUCCAAAAUUCGAUCCGAACGAAGUAAAAUACGUUUAUUUGAGAUGUGUUGGAGGAGAAGUAGGUGCUACCUCUUCGUUGGCCCCAAAAAUCGGUCCUUUAGGUCUGUCUCCUAAAAAAGUAGGUGACGAUAUUGCAAAAGGCACAGCUGACUGGAAAGGUCUUAAAAUCACUGUACAGUUGAAAAUCCAAAAUCGUCAAGCCAGCAUUUCAGUAGUACCCUCUGCAGCUUCCCUGAUCAUUAAAGCUCUUAAAGAACCACCAAGGGAUAGAAAGAAGCAGAAAAAUAUUAAACACAGUGGCAACAUUUCCUUUGAUGAUGUUUUGGCUAUUGCAAGACAAAUGAGACCGCGAUCCAUGGCUAAAGCACUGUCAGGAACAGUAAAAGAAGUUUUAGGUAGUGCUCAGUCUGUUGGUUGUACAAUUGAUGGAAAAGCGCCCCAUGAUGUUAUAGAUGAAGUAAAUGACGGCAGUAUCGAAGUCCCUGACGAGUAAACUAUUUUUUUAAUAUAAUAAUAAGUUUAAAUUUU